AUGGAAUUUUCGUUUGAUUGGUUCAAACACGUAGCCUCAAUACUGAGCCUAUCAAAAAGCCCGGCUCAGCGUUUGCCCAUGGGUCUGCGUUUGUCCAUGGGGCUAAGACCAAACAACGAGACCGGUCUGAAAUUGGGCCCCGCUUCCCCGCAAACCCGCAAAAAAAAAAACUCUAAAAAACUGGAACCUUCCGCCAUGGCCGAUUUCCUCAACAAGGCCGGCGCCUGGAUCAUGGCCAAUCCGAAGACUAGCGUAGCCGUGGGCAGCGGCCUGACCGUGGUCGCGGCGCCCGUCGUGGUCAUGGCGCCCGUCGUCGGACCCAUCCUCGGCGCCGUCGGCUUUGGCAGCUCGGGAAUCAUCGCAGGCUCCUUCGCUGCGACCGCCCAAGCCGCCGUCGGGAACGUCGUUGGCGGGAGUUUGCUGGCCGGCCUCACGAGCGCCGGCAUGGGCGGGUACGGGGCCGCCGCCAUGAGCGGGGCCGUCCAGGCCGCGGGCGGAGCGACCGCUGCCGGCGCGGCCAUCAAGAAGGGAGCAGAGUGGCUCUGGAGCAAGUGA